UAUUACAUCAGUCCAGUUUGGAUGAAAAAUUACGAAAAGCUGCAGCAUUGUUUCGCUCCGAAUAAAUAGCCUUGCUCCCACUAUUCUGAACGCUGUGGAGAUUCACAGAAGAAUUGGGGCCAAACAGCAAUAAAGUUACUCCGUCAACUCAGAGUUGCAGAAGCAAGAGAAGGCAUGUUGAAAGCUAUCGGUCAAGCUGUAUUUUCAACGGGUCUGCAAAACCCAAAGUUCACCCCUCAAGAGAGUAAGGGUGAGGAUUAUGAGGUCCGCACAUACCAUGCCACAAAAUGGGCUAGCACCACAGUGAAAGACAUGGAUCAAGAGAAAGCCUUGAGCACUGGUUUCAGGAGACUCUUCCAGUACAUUCAGGGAAAUAAUGAGAAGAAGGUGAAAGUUGAAAUGACGGUUCCUGUGUCGUGCCUGAUUGAGCCUGGUGCUGGCCCAGCGUGUGAAGCCUCCUUCACUGUCUCAUUCUACGUUCCUGAAGAGCACCAGGCGGACCCACCCAAACCCAACGAUCCAGAAGUCUUCAUUGAGAACCGCGAGGAGAUGACUGUGUUUGUCAGAACGUUUGGAGGUUUCGCCAACGAACAGAAUGUUCGUGAAAAUCUGCUGAAACUUAUUGAGAGUCUCCAGAGAGACGGGAUGAGCUUCAAAGAGUCACCGUAUUACAGAGCGGGCUAUGACAGCCCCUUCAAACUGGUCAACCGCCGCAAUGAAGUUUGGAUCCUCAAAGCAGAGGAGGGAGAGAAGUAAAUGGAAGUUCUGCACUUUUCAUCCAAAAGAAACAAUGACGCUAACUUACGUUGAUGACUGAUUGAUGAUAAUACAUUUUUUACUGAAUACUGGCCACAAAAGGGGGAUUAAUGUGACAGCAGUUUGUCAUUCUGUUUAAAAAAAAAAAGUCCAGUAAGUUUGUUACUGAGCUAUAGAUACGUACAGCACUAUUAGAAAUCUGUCAUGUUAGCAUUCCAGUUACAACUAUUAAAAAUGUCAUAGGCAUGCAACACAGUCACUCUUUCAACAGAACUCUAACCACAUAUGUUUCGUAUGGCGCUCUGUGACUGAAUUUAGCUGUAAAACUUGAGGAAUUCAUUUUGGUUUUUUUCCUUUGAUCUCAUUUUUUGAAGCUGUGGGAGGGGAAGUACGUCUGAGGAUUCUUUUGCCCACAGACACAUUUAUCUCAUAUUUUCGGUACUAAUUUUCUUCCGUGGUAAAAAUAUUAGAGGAAUUUUUAAUAAUCUGUUUUGCACUUACGUCUGAAUGUAAUCCAAGCUCUUAAGGGAGCAACAACAUGUCCUUGUGAACUAACACUGUGAAUAUGGAUGUAAGCCUUGACUGGUACUUUACCAUGUAUCAUUUACAUAUUUAUCAGAAUUAUUUUGUACAGGCUGAAUGUUUCAAGCCCUUUGCAGUGCCUUAUUGCUUAACUAAAAGUCACAAGUGAAUUAUUUGGAUUUGAUGAAAACAUUUUUAAUGUUGUAAUUUGAUACUCUUGAAAAGUGUAUUAAUACACAGUAUAUCCUCCCGUGA